UAGCCGCUCCAGCUGUGUUGUGUUGACGUCCGCUGGCCUCAAUGAUGCAGAGAGCCUGAUGAUAUCCUGUUAACCUUCUUGGUGCCUUGAGGCUAUUUGUUUCAACUAUCUGGUGAUAGUUUUGUUUGGAUACAAGACAGAAUGAAGGUUAAAACGUGUAGAAUGUCAGGUGAUAUCAGCUUAGCAUGCCCCACACUGGCCAAGAUGCUUUUGCAUGCAGCCCGUUACCCACAGUCAGCAGUGAGUGGCGUGGUACUGGCCCAUGCAAGAGGCGGGGACAGCACAUCAAAUACUGUCUACUUGGUUGAUACAGUGCCUCUCUUCCACUUGCAGCUCAGCUUGGCACCUAUGCUAGAAGUAGCACUUACUCAGAUUGAACAACGUUACAAAUCGGAAGGUUUGGUAAUAGCGGGUUACUAUCAAGCAAAUGAACACAUCAGAGAUAAUGUGCCAGAUUUUGUUGCCUUGAAAAUAGCAGAAAAAAUUGCAGAAAACAAUAAUGAUGCAUGUCUGAUAAUGAUUGACAACAAAAGAUUGUGUUUAAAUCUUCAGUCGGCUCCGGUUAUUGUUUCACAGCUUUCUUCAGAGGGAAAGUGGAAAAGCAAAGACAAGUCAAGUGUACACGUAGAAGCAGGAUCCUUAGAAGUAAUAUCACAACUUCUGCAGCGGAAGGUUCAGCAUGAUAUAAAUGAUUUUGACAAUCAUCUUGAUGAUCUAACCUAUGACUGGUCCAAUCCUCACAUCAACAAACUCUUAACAACUCUUACAGCAGCUGCCCAAGACUAGCGGUGACAGCUGGUGACAAAAUAUCUACUUUAUACUUCCCAGUCUGUCACUGUUCAUGUGUAACGUUUAAACCGGCACUCCUCCCAUCGUGUUAAGAUUACCAGGUUUGUCUGUCUUGGUAGGUACUGUAUUUCCUUAACACCUUGUAGACAUUACAGUACAAAUCCCGAAAUUGUCAAAAUAUUUGCUUUAAGGGAAAAAUGUAUGCAUUUUAUGUUUAAUUAAAAAUGUUUGCGUUAAAAAAAGUAUCAACAAAAUUAAUAUGCAGAAUAUUCGUUACAAAUAGAUGUUCUAUAUUUUAUGUGUAUUUAAUGCUUUACAAGAUUACAUUUAACUAGAGUUGCUAACACAUGCAUUAAUGUUAUUACUAAGGAAUUGUACAUUAUUUUAUUUGAAAUAAUUAAAAUACAUGAUACUG